UGCAGUUAGCUUGUACAAAAUACUGUUCUACAUGUUUUUUUCUGAUACAACAACAGGAAUACAUAUUACAUCAGAUACAAUGAUUAUAAUUGUAUUGCUGUUGCUGGCCAUUUUACCUAACCGAUUGGCAAUGAUUACCGGCGGAUACGAUGUACAGUUGGCUGAAAAAAAUUUAAUGAUGAAAUUAGGUUUGAGCAAGAGGCCUGUGGUGGACAAAAAUUUAGAUAUACCGUCUGCUACGAUGGAUCUCUACAAAUCGAUGCUGAGAGAAAACACGGACACUACAAAUUUGCCUCUUCCCGGCUUACACACUAAAUCCGCCAACACAGCCAGGACUUUUGUCGACAAAGGAUCGACCCCGUUAAAUGCAAAAUCGCAAAAAUACCGUUUGCAAUUCGACAUAAAACCAUUACCGAAUAACGAACUGGUAAAAGCGGCCGAGGUCCGACUUAGCUACAUCGACACUUACUUGACUUACGACUACGUCCACAUACUGAUUCAUGAUAUAGUUCAGCCCGGCAUCAAAGGUCAAUCGAAACCCAUACUACGACUCAUGGAUUCAAAAUCGAUAAAUAUGACCGGAGUUUUAAAAACUGAGUUCAUUAGUUUUGACGUGACACCAGCUCUAGAAAGACUCUCGGAAGACAAUUUUGAAAACAACCAUGGCAUGCUCAUACAGUGUUUGAUGUCAACUGGUCGGGCACCGUUAAACGGCUUGUUUGAUUUUGAAUCGGCGAGCAAACCUGUACUAAUGGUUUACACUGACGAUGGAACAAAUAAGAAGAGUUCGUCGUCGAUGCUGAGAAAUAAGAGGUCAACAGACGAGUCGAGUUCCAAGAAAUCGAAAAAGAAGAUUUGUCAAAGGUAUCCGUUGUACGUGGAUUUCAAAGAAGUAGGAUUCAGCGACUGGAUUCAAGCGCCACAAGGAUACGACGCUUACUAUUGUCACGGCGAAUGCACGUUUCCGCUGGCGAACCACAUGAACGCGUCAAACCACGCGGUCAUGCAGACCCUAAUGAAUUCCAUAAACCCUGUGGCUGUCCCAAGAGCAUGUUGCGUGCCAACCAAACUGAGGCCGCAAACGUUAUUGUACGUAGACGACGAGGGUAAAUUAGUCGUGAAAAAUUAUCCGGAAAUGGCAGUGGAAGAAUGUGGUUGCAGAUAAAAAUCAAUUUCGAAUCUACGAUUAACAACAAGUUCUACUCGCACAAAUCUAUACGUAAUGUAUGU